ACCAGGCUCUCCGUGUCCUCCAACAUGGCCUCCUACAGCUCCUCUGCCCAAAGCGCCUCCUCCUACCGCCGCACCUUUGGCCAUGGCACCUACGCCUCGCCCUCCCUCAACCGCUCGUUCCUGGGCCACAGUGGCGGGGGCGGGGGCCACGUCACCUCCAGGGUCUACGAGGUGACCCGGACGAGGGCGACACCAGCCUACCGGGUGUCCUCCAGCUACUAUGGAGGCCCGCUGGCAACAUCAAGGGCCUCUGUAGCACGCUCCUACGCCGGCAUGGGCGAGACUCUGGACUUCAGCCUGGCUGACGCCCUCAACCAGGAGUUCCUGACCACACGGACCAAUGAGAAGGCUGAGCUGCAGCACCUGAACGACCGCUUCGCCAGCUACAUCGAGAAGGUCCGCUUCCUGGAGCAGCAGAACCAGGCGCUGGCGGUGGAGGUGGAGCGUCUGCGCGGCCGUGAGCCCACGCGCAUCGCUGACCUGUAUGAGGAGGAGAUGAGCGAGCUGAGGAGGCAGGUGGAGAUCCUGACCAAUCAGAGGUCACGUAUAGAGGUGGAGCGGGACAACCUGGCCGACGACCUGGACAAGCUCAAACUCAGACUCCAGGAGGAGAUUCUCCAGAAAGAGGAAGCAGAAAACAACCUGGCUGCUUUCAGAGCGGAUGUGGACGCUGCCACUCUGGCUCGUCUGGAUCUGGAGCGACGCAUCGAGACUCUGCAGGAGGAGAUCGCUUUCCUGAAGAAGAUCCACGAAGAGGAGAUCCGCGAGCUGCAGACCCAGAUGCAGGAGACUCAGGUUCAGAUCCAGAUGGACAUGUCCAAGCCAGACCUGACGGCCGCACUCAGAGACAUCAGAGCCCAGUACGAAGGCAUCGCCGCCAAGAACAUCGCAGAGGCUGAGGACUGGUAUAAGUCCAAGGUGUCUGACCUGAACCAGGCGGUGAGUAAGAACAACGAGGCACUGAAGCAGGCCCGGCAGGAGACCAUGGAGUUCAGACACCAGAUCCAGGCCUACACCUGUGAGAUCGACUCACUCAAAGGCACCAAUGAGUCCCUGAUGAGACAGAUGAGGGACAUGGAGGACCGUCACGGACGCGAGGCCAGCGGCUUCCAGGACACCAUCGCCCGGCUGGAGGCAGAGAUUGCCAACAUGAAGGACGAGAUGGCGCGCCACCUCCGUGAAUACCAGGACCUACUCAACGUCAAGAUGGCACUGGAUGUGGAGAUCGCCACCUACAGGAAGCUGUUGGAAGGGGAGGAGAGCAGGAUUGCCUUGCCUGUGCAGAGCUACUCCACCCUGAGCUUCCGAGAGACCAGCCCUGAACACCAGCAGCGUGCCUCUGAGAUGCAUUCAAAGAAAACUGUUCUCAUCAAGACCAUCGAGACCCGCGACGGAGAGGUUGUCAGCGAGUCGACGCAGCACCAGCAGGACAUCAUGUAACCAUCUGCAGAAGAAACUGAAAACACACCCGCUCAGUUGGACAGAUGAAGAAAACAAACAAACGAAAAGCUAUGCAAAUAAAACCGAGCA